AUGCAAAUUUCUACUUAUUUAACAGUACAGCCUGCUCCCAAUUCAAGUAAUAGAACUAUGGCCUCUCAAGGAAACCGAUUCCAAUGUCCUAUUUCCGUUCGACAGAAUUCGCUGACCGCAAUGGCCGCUUCGGCCAAAGUGGAUGAAGUUUUGGCAAUGCAGAAAUCUCAGGUGAUGAAGAGUUCCUCGCCUGCAGGAACACAAAGGGGACAAACUCAGGACACUACAGUAGCCCAAGCUUAUCAAAGUAAAGUGACUCAAAAUGCCCAACUAUUGCGCACCUCGUCCGUAGCGUUGGAACGUACCGUCCAGAAUGAUCGUAACCAACUUAAGAAUCCCAUCUCUGAGUCGCAAAAUGCUCAAACCAAACCGAUGCCGGUGUUUGUUCGCACCCUGCAAGUCAACUACUGUUUAGUCGAUCAGUUAUGCAUUUUGAAUGAUGAUUAUAAGAAUCAGCCAACCACGGAUAUAGCUUCAGUGGCUGGCAACUUUGCGCCAGUCCAAUCGCGGCCACAGCGUCCACUGUUCUCCAAUGGGGGAGCUUUUGUGCCUCACCUCACUCCCCUCUACCCCAUACACACCCUCUCCUCUGUUGCAUGCGUUUCAAACCUGGCAGUCCAGCAGCAACAGCAACAGCAACAAACGGGUAGCUCAUCCCCUCAAUUCGCAGUCCGUUCCGCCGUUGUUUGCGGGAAUUGCCAAUUCGUUCCACAGUAUGUGACAAUUGGUCCGAAUCAGGACAUUCCUAUAGAUCUUUCAAUCAAAGUAUCGCCGGAAAAAGGGCAGCGUACAACAUCGGAGAUGCAAGAAGUCUACAAGCCAUCGGAUCAUCGAACUACAGGACUCAAUGGCUACGAGGAAGGAGUUGCGAUAAAUUUGGCAAAACCAAAACGGUCUAAAACAAGUGAAACUGCUCUGGAACCCUCAUCAUCAGAGGGAAAUCGAUCUGUAGAGCUCGGAACCAACACUGAAUCCCGAUGGAAGUGCUUCCUCUGUAAUCUGGAUUUUGAGAUGGAGUGGUGGUUGCAGAAGCACUACCGAGGCCACAAGCAUGUUUGCAAACUUCUUGAGAGUGUUGGGGGCUCCGAAACUCUACAGAAACGAAUAAAAUGCCGUGAAAUAAACUCAGAGACGCUGGUGAAUGAAAAAACCGGGAAACUUUUGCUUCAUGUCAUCAACCGUUUGAUUAGCUUUAACAAUAACAACUCCAAUCGAGUGGCUCAUGGAUGA